UUUGAAUGUGCAGAGGUUCCUUUAAAAAAACGAGGAAGAGUGCUGCUGAAUCUGGAAGCUCGCCAUAGUUCUGGCUGCGGAGGCACCUCUAGAACUUGUCCUUCUCAUUUUUCAAAGCACUCCAAGUGUGAAUUAUUCCCGGCCGCCGCUCCCUCCGGCCAUCUGCCCUUCUGACCACCAUGACUCCAUGCCCGUAGUCUGCUACCCGUCCAAGGAAUCAAUCCUCAGCCCACGGCCACCCGAACGCAGUGCUGUAAUGCGCCGCACCACUGUCCUGGCGCUCUUCUCCGUGGUCCUGGUCUACCUGAUCACGGGCGCCUUCGUCUUCCGCCAGCUGGAAAGGCCCUAUGAAGUCCGCCAGCAGGUGAAGGUCCGUGCCCACCUGGAGCAGUUCCUGAGGCUGCACCAGUGCGUGUCGACUGACGACCUGGAAGACCUCAUCCAGCAAUUGAGCGAUGCUAUGGGAGCUGGCGUGGACCCCGUCAUCAACAGCACGAACGCCAACAGCUCGCACUGGGAUAUGGGCAGUGCAUUCUUCUUCGCGGGCACCGUCAUCACCACCAUCGGGUACGGGAAUAUCUCCCCCAAGACCAACGCCGGGCAGCUGUUCUGCAUCUUUUAUGCGCUGGUGGGAAUUCCUCUUUUUGGGAUGCUGCUUGCAGGUGUUGGGGACCACUUAGGAUCAUCUCUCCGGAAAGCCAUUGGCAAAGUGGAGGAUAUUUUCUUGAAGUGGCAGGUCAGCCCCACCAUCGUGCGGGUCCUCUCAGCUCUGCUCUUCAUCCUGAUUGGCUGCCUCCUCUUCGUCUCCCUGCCAACCAUCAUCUUCCAGCGGGUGGAAGGCUGGACGCUUUUGGAGAGCAUCUACUUCGUGGUCAUCACGUUGACCACCAUUGGAUUUGGCGACUACGUGGCAGGCGAUACGAGAUUGGAAGACCACCUCUGGUACCAGCCCCUGGUGGUGCUCUGGAUCCUGCUCGGCUUGGCUUACUUCGCCUCCAUCCUGACCAUGAUCGGCAACUGGCUGCGGGUCCUGUCCCGCCGCACGAGGGCCGAGAUGGGAGACCUCACGGCUCACGCCGCCUCCUGGACCGGCAACGUGGCGUCGCAGCUGCGCGUCCCCAGCAUGACGCUCCCGGAGAAGCUGCACAGGGUGGGCACCCUGAAGGGGAAGCCCCUGUCCCCGUCGGCAAUCCUCCAGCAAGGGGAGAGCCAGGACCCCGCCCUGCUGCAGCAGUUUCCCUCGCAGCCCCCGGCCUUGCCGGCACCGCCGUGCCCCAGUUCGUCGCCGGGGACCGCGCAGCGGGUGGCCCACCUGAACGCCCUCAACGCCGUCCCCGUGCGGCCCAUCGACUACGUGGGCGAGAACCUGGCCUUCAUCGACGAGAGCUCCGAUGCCCUGAGCGACGGGGGGCCGCCCUCGGCCAAGCCGCCCCGCCGCCUGCGUCCCCGCGCCCGGCACCGCACCAACCCCAGCGAGCCCCCCGGGCUGCCCAUGAUCCUGCUGAGCCGGACCCGGGACAAGGGCGAGUCCGUAGGCUUCCGGAUGGAUAAAAGUGCGAAAAACAUGGCAGAACCUGCCACUGCUCGGAACGCCACGCAGCAGGAUGAAGCAGAAAUGCUCUCGCUGUCCGAGAAGGCAAUUCAGAAGGAAGUGGAGCGUCUCUUGGAAGACGAAUUAGAUACGUUCUUAGCUGAAGAAGAGAAAGUGGCCCAAGAGGAAGCGGAGGGCGCGACGUCGCAGGAUGAAGGGGAGGAACCUGUGAUGGAGAAGGAGCCCAGGGAAGAAAUGGGCCUUCUAUCAUUGCAGGCUCAUAAAGGACCAAAAUUCCUGGAGGUCGUCAAGGAGGAAGAGGAGGAGGAAGAGAUGAAGCAAGAAAGUGACCAACUAACUUUGUUGGGUGAUGAAGAAUUGGAGGUUGUGGGGGAUGAGCGAGAGGCGAAGGAGGAAAGCGACCGCCUAACUUUGCUGAGUGAGGAAGAAUUGAAGGUCAUGGGGGAUGAGGAAGGAGACCGCCUAACUCUGCUGGGUGACGAAGGCUUAAAGCUCAUGGAGGAUAAGGAAGAGACGAAUGAGGAUAGUGACCGUCUCACUCUGCAGGAGGAAGGGGAGGAACCUUCAGGGAAGCCAGAAGCGGGAUAUAUGAAAUUUUCAGAAGCAGUCCAGCAAAUCAUAAAGCAGAAGAGCGAUAAAACAAGGUAUCAGUUUCAGUGA